CUUCAAGCACCAGCACACGCUCAGGCUCGGGCUCGGGCAAACGCUCAAGCGUCACAAACCGGCGCAGCCAGCAGAAGAAAAAGGUACAGAAGAAGCACUGGCCGGUCAGCCAGCGAGGCGAUUCCGCUUCCUUGUCAUUUCCUCACCAAGCUGCACGCAAAGUUCGUUUGGACACCUGCAACUCCUCGACAUCUGAUACAAACAUACGUACCGGCUCACCCACUAAGAACUGUCCCAUUUACACUCUCACACACACUCGACUCUGUUUUAUUUCCACUUCUCCUUUCUGCCGCUCUCCCACCCGCCUCCGCCUCACCCUUCUCGUUGCUACCUCUGUGCUCCAUCCUCUUGUUUACGAGUGCGGGUCAUAAUCCAUGACGCUGCAUCCGCCGCAACUACAACGCCGCCAGCUGCUGCCAACGCCAACAUGGUCAAGGCGGAUCCAAAGCGCAAUUAUUAUGCAGACUUAGAGGUGUCACCCUCGGCCGACAUCGACGAAAUCAAGAGGCAGUUCCGCAAGUUAGCUCGUCUCUACCAUCCAGAUCGCAACCCAGGAAAAGAAGUUGAAUAUGUCCCCAAGUUCCAGGCGAUCCAAGCUGCCCACGAGAUCCUGAGCGACCCAGACGCCCGAGCCAAAUAUGAUGCCGACAGACGCAAACUGAAUGCUUACGCCUCCACUAGGCCGAACGUGCCUCCACGUACAAGCGGCCAGACAAACUUCAACCGCAGCCCAUAUGAAGCCUUUUCAAACUUUCCGCCCCCGCGCAUGCGUACCCAGCCCAAGCCAACCCGAGAACGGCCACAGAGCUUCACCACGCAUUCAUCCACACAACCACCGCCGCGACAAAGCGCCUUUCCCAACUUCGCAUCGCCGCACAAUCCGGGACCGAGAGUGCCUCCGAGGCAAACCUACGCCAAAGACGACGCCGACGCGCGAAGGUCGGCGUGGGAACACAUAAAGCACACGAGCAGGCACCCGCAGGAGCAGACAUGGUCCGACGAUGAUGGGCUGCGGAAAGCCCGCGCUGCUAGAGACGCCGCGACCGCUCACCAGAGCAAGCCCGGCCUCGGCAGAAGCAGCACGGUGAAGGGAGGGCAGCCACGCAAGACCGGCUUCGACCCCAAUGCAAGGUUAUCUGGAGACUGGGAACCCCAGGCACGGAGUACCUCGUCAUACAAAGCAGGCUAUCGAACAACACCGCCUAGGGCGCCUUCGCCUCCGCCGGCAACAGCACAUGCCGAGAAGGAGAAGCUUAGAACCGAACCUCUGGGUUCAUUCCGCACGAAGCUGAAUCCCGACGAGGUCCCCUUUUCGGAGGGAGCGCGGGUUCGUACACCAUAUGCGUCCGAGGGUAUAGGUGAGAAGACGUACUUCAACACUGGGAAUCUGUCUCGCUCAUCAAGCAUGCGCGAUGCACCUGAGCUGGCUAAGCAAGCGGCACGUAAAGGACCAUCGCCACGUGCGAACGCUGCUCGUCAUCGGAGCGCCAGCCCUGUCAGUCGAAAUAAUGUCAACAGCAAAUCAUCCCCGAUGUCAUCUUCAAGGCGAGCAUCAGCAGCGCCAGGUUCACGAAGGGGCACGACGUUCAAUCUUGAUUACAGCAGCUCUUCAAGCAGCGAAGUCUCUGAGGAUGACGAAGACCCAGAUUCUGAUGCCUCAGUUAAGCAAAUGUCCGGCUCAGGGGCAGGCGCUACCUUCAAAGGUCGCAAGACGGCGCAGCCGAGCAGCUUCUGGCGAGAAAGGACAGAUUCGCCGCUUAAGGGGCAUCCUAACGGCCCAUUUUCGAGAAACGGGGACCCCGGCUCGAAGACUUCAGGAAUACCACCAAUAUUCUCAUUUUCCAACAUCGAGAAUGGAGGUAACGCGCAGGACCACAGACGUAGGAGCGCCGACAAUAUCUCCACCAACUUCAACGCAAGCGAAUGGGAGGGCACCUUCAAAGGAAGCAAUGCAUUUGCUCCCCCUCCUCCACCGCCGCGCCCGACUUCUGGACGCGGCGCCACAACACGACGACGAGCAUCACCAACUCGACGAGGGUCCUCAAAACCAGCCCAGGCUAGGCCCGGAGCUUCCAGUGACAAUCCAAUUGAUUUAACGUCGACCCAGCCAGGCACGCAGGCUAACCCCAUCGAUUUGGAAGCUGAUGCUAUGCCUUUUCCGCCACCACGUUUCUCGAUGCACUUUGGAGCUACGCAAGACAGCUCUGGCAUACCGCCGAGAAGUGCAGGCUCGUCAUCGCAAGGCGGCGUUUCCUUGGGGGAGCAGCAACAGUCUGGUACAGGGGGACCUGGAACGUUCAGGAGCGAGGAUUGGCUUAGGAAGCCGACCUUCUUCUUCCAGCCCCCGACGGAAGCCCCGAGGCCACCUUCUCCUGGUAAAGCAAACACAACGACGGCGAAGAAGACCAAGGCGACGAGACCACGAAAGCAGUCGAAAGGCGAGAAUCACCUUCGACCUCCAACGCAUGAGUUGUCAAGCGAUGUCGAAGGCGAGGAGUCUGAAGCGACUGGUGGCAAGACGAGUAGAGGAAGCGGUUCCCCUGACGGGGAUGCCAUGGAAAUUGACUCUGAUCUAGCAAGUGGGGCAGGCACGUCGACGAGUCCACGAACAGAGCGGGAGCCGCGCAUUGUACCUGUUGCACCGCAACGGCCAGAGUGGCGCGAACCUGCUGGUGCUCAACCUGGCGUAAAGCCUGGCGUUAUCCCCGGCAUGAAUACAAGCGCCGUGCCCUCCGCUGUUCCUAACGCAGCUGUGCCGGGCCAGGCACAUCCUCCCCCACCCCCACCACCUCCCCAGCCGGCCAUGAGCAACACAAAGCAGAAACGUGACUCUUCGCUCAACUUUGACUCCUUCCACCGAGCGGCACCUUUCGCACCGACGACAAGCGGCAACGGCCUAUCCAGUCUGAAGACCGAUCUCUCGGGCACUCUCCCAUUCGAAUCGCAGCCGUCCCCCGUUCAUCCUGGAAAGCCUACUUUGCCUCGUCAGCUAGAACUGCCGAGAGUACCGAAAGCUCCAAUGCCACCUUCCGGUUCGCGCAUCUCUCAGACACAGUGGCGCGAAUAUAUGUCGGCCAUGGCCUUCUACAUGGGAGCCUGGUACCAAUUCGAGGACAAAAUUCUCGCUCACUUCAACGCGCGGCAUCGCAAUGCCGCCAAGUUCGGGACAGGAAUCCUGUUAACCGAAGGUGGAGUCGGCGGCGCGGCAGAUGCCAUGAGACUUCUGGAGGCUGGGGGAGAGGGCUCGGAGGAAGGCUACGCGAGUUACCUGCGCGGCAUGGAAGAAGACAUCAAAGUCAGCAAGCAUUGGGAUGUAGCAAAAGAGAAGCACCGAUUUGCCAUCGAGACGCUGCUGGACUUCAAGAAGAAGAUCUAUUUAGGCCAGGCUCAGAUCAUCGGCAAUGCACAGUAAGGGAACGGUAGUGAGACGCAGUAGUCCCAGUGAUUUUGUCCGGUUUGACAAGGAGAGCUUGGAAAUGGUGGAAAAGGAGAAGGACAUGUUUCUGCUUCGCACCGCCGACUAUAUGACAUACUGUAACGCAGGUUUUCUUCUACGGUGUGGGCAAUGUGCAAGGCUUUGGUAGUGUUUUCGUCUUUAUACUUAGCACGGCGUCUUUCUGGUAAUCAUGGUUUGACAAGUCUGGGAAUUGAGUCACGGACAGUGUAGGAGUUUGUUUGUUACGGGAUAUGGUAAAUUUCACGGCCGAGCGAAGCAGCGCAACUCAUAACAUAGCAUAGAUAGAAUCGCAGCUCACGUGCAACGUAGAGCUCGAUGUUAACGAUCGUCCAGACGGAUAAUUGAGUGUCAAGGAUCUCGUUCCUAUAGC